UAUUCGCCUUGUUCGUCGUAAUUGUACGUUGCUUACGGCACGGUUAACAUAAUUUAUUUUACGGAUUGAUUUACUUUGUUUAUAGUUUUUGUAAAUCCUUGCUGCAGUAAUAGUGAUUUUUUUGACAAAUGGCCACAAUAGAUGGACGACCGACGCAAUAUGGGAUAUCUCUUAAACAGUUACGGGAGCUUAUGGAGCAUCGUGGCAGGGAAGGCGUAGUAAAACUUAGCGAAGUUGGCGGUAUCAAUAAAUUGUGUGACAAAUUGUAUACAUCCACAAACGAUGGCUUGAGAGGAUCAAGGUCUGAUAUUGACCAUAGGCGCGAAACGUUUGGUUCAAAUGUUAUCCCACCGAAACCACCAAAAACUUUUUUAACAUUAGUUUGGGAAGCGCUACAGGAUGUGACACUUAUUAUUUUAGAAGUAGCUGCUUUAGUUUCACUUGGAUUAUCCUUUUACAAACCCGCCGAUGAGGAUGCACCCGUACUACAAGAAGAGGAGGAUCAUCACGGUUGGAUUGAAGGUCUAGCAAUAUUGAUAUCGGUCAUUGUUGUAGUAUUUGUGACAGCGUUCAAUGAUUAUUCGAAAGAGCGCCAAUUUCGGGGACUGCAAAAUCGUAUUGAGGGUGAGCAUAAAUUUUCGGUUAUCCGCGGAGGAGAGGUGUGCCAAAUAUCUGUUGGUGAUAUCGUUGUCGGCGAUAUUGCGCAGAUAAAGUACGGCGACUUGUUGCCAGCCGACGGUAUACUUAUACAAAGUAACGAUUUAAAGGUCGAUGAAUCUUCUUUAACGGGUGAAUCAGAUCACGUUAAGAAAGGUGUAGACGUAGAUCCCAUGGUUCUUUCGGGUACACACGUUAUGGAAGGUAGCGGGAAAAUGGUGGUGACUGCUGUGGGUGUAAAUUCUCAAGCAGGUAUAAUAUUUACGCUAUUGGGUGCUGCUGUUGAUGAACAAGAAGCUGAGCUGAAGAAGCGGAAAAAAGAAGCUAAAAAGGCGAAAAAGCAAAACAAGAGCUUAACAGGUGUUGAUGAUGGUCGGGCGCCCAUGAAAAACAUGUCCCCACCACCAACAGACGGUGUAAAAUCUGAAUCCGAUGGUAAUCACGUUCAACAAGCUUCAUCCCCAGCUGAAGCUAGUCAUAAAAAGGAAAAGUCUGUUCUGCAAGCGAAAUUGACAAAGUUGGCUAUACAAAUUGGUUAUGCCGGUUCUACAAUAGCUGUAUUAACUGUUAUUAUACUAGUCAUCCAGUUCUGCAUAAAGACUUUUGUUAUUGAAGAAAAACAGUGGAAAAAUACUUAUGCAAACAAUUUGGUUAAGCACUUGAUUAUUGGCGUCACCGUAUUAGUAGUAGCAGUUCCAGAAGGUUUGCCAUUAGCUGUUACACUGUCGUUAGCAUAUUCCGUGAAGAAAAUGAUGAAAGACAACAACUUAGUGAGACAUUUAGAUGCUUGUGAAACCAUGGGUAACGCCACUGCCAUUUGCUCGGACAAGACUGGUACUCUUACAACAAAUCGAAUGACUGUCGUUCAAUCUUAUAUAUGUGAAAAAUUGUGUAAAGUUCUUCCCACUUUGAACGAUAUACCGCAACAUGUGGGCAAUUUGAUAACAAUGGGUAUUUCUGUGAAUUCAGCUUACACAUCCAAUAUCAUGUCUGGUCAAAAUCCUGGAGAUCUACCAAUACAGGUAGGCAAUAAAACUGAGUGUGCUUUGUUAGGAUUCGUUCAAGGUUUAGGAGUUAAAUAUCAGUCGAUUCGUGACGAAAUUACUGAAGAUAAGUUUACACGAGUAUAUACAUUUAAUUCCGUUCGCAAAAGUAUGGGCACAGUCAUUCCUUGUCCAAAUGGUGGAUAUCGUCUAUUUUCAAAAGGAGCUUCUGAAAUUAUGCUUAAAAAGUGUUCUUUUAUUUAUGGCCACGACGGAGUUUUGGAAAAAUUCACUCGCGACAUGCAAGAGCGACUCAUACGAGAAGUCAUUGAGCCGAUGGCUUGUGAUGGCCUUCGUACUAUUUCCGUUGCUUAUCGUGAUUUUGUACCUGGCAAAGCAGCUAUAAACGAAGUUCAUAUUGAUGGCGAACCAAACUGGGAUGACGAAGAGAAUAUUAUGACUAAUUUGACAUGCUUAUGUGUUGUAGGAAUUGAAGAUCCCGUCCGUCCCGAAGUUCCUGAUGCUAUACGGAAGUGUCAGAGAGCUGGCAUAACUGUCCGUAUGGUUACCGGUGAUAACAUUAACACUGCACGAUCAAUCGCUUCUAAAUGUGGUAUAUUGCGACCAAACGACGAUUUCCUCAUUUUAGAAGGCAAAGAAUUCAACCGUCGAAUUAGGGACAGUAAUGGAGACGUUCAACAACAUUUACUUGAUAAAGUGUGGCCCAAGCUUCGAGUGUUAGCGCGUUCAUCACCAACAGAUAAAUACACCCUUGUUAAAGGUAUUAUUGACAGCAAAGUAAGCGAAAACCGUGAAGUCGUCGCUGUGACUGGUGAUGGAACUAAUGAUGGUCCGGCAUUGAAGAAGGCUGAUGUAGGCUUUGCAAUGGGGAUUGCUGGCACGGAUGUGGCAAAGGAAGCUUCUGAUAUUAUAUUAACAGAUGAUAAUUUCAGCAGUAUUGUGAAGGCAGUAAUGUGGGGGCGGAAUGUGUACGAUUCAAUCGCUAAAUUUUUGCAAUUUCAAUUGACAGUGAAUGUCGUUGCCGUUAUUGUUGCAUUUAUUGGCGCAUGCGCAGUCCAAGAUUCACCACUAAAGGCUGUUCAAAUGUUGUGGGUAAAUCUUAUUAUGGAUACUCUUGCAUCGUUGGCCUUAGCAACUGAACUUCCAACACCAGAUUUGCUUUUACGUAAACCGUACGGACGUACUAAACCUUUGAUAUCACGCACAAUGAUGAAAAAUAUUUUGGGACAAGCUUUGUAUCAGCUAUUUAUUAUAUUCGGGCUAUUGUUUGUGGGAGAUUGGAUACUUGAUAUUGAAUCCGGGCGUGGCCAAGACCUUGGUGCUGGACCUACACAACAUUUCACUAUAAUUUUUAAUACAUUCGUAAUGAUGACAUUGUUCAAUGAGAUAAAUGCAAGAAAAAUACAUGGACAGAGAAAUGUAGUGGAAGGUUUAUUCACUAAUCCCAUAUUUUAUACAAUAUGGAUUUUCACAAUGAUUUCUCAGGUUGUUAUUAUACAAUAUGGUAAAAUGGCAUUCUCCACUAAGGCACUAUCUCUUGAUCAGUGGUUAUGGUGCAUAUUUUUUGGCAUUGGUACGUUAGUAUGGGGACAAUUAAUCACUUCAGUGCCUACAAGAAAAUUGCCUAAAAUUUUAUCAUGGGGUCGUGGACAUCCUGAAGAAUAUACUGAUGCUAUGCAUUUGGGAGAAGAGCGCUUUGAUUCCAUUGACUCAGAUAAGAAACCCCGUGCUGGUCAAAUACUAUGGAUUCGAGGACUGACUCGUUUACAAACUCAAACUCCACUAUUCCUCUCUCUUUCUCUCUGUGCACACCAAUAAGUCUGCAACGAUGAUAUGUAGUAAUUAGAAACUAAAUAUGAAAAUAUACGAAUUGGACAAUUUUUUUCUUCUAAUUUGGAAAGUAGAGGUUUAGCAUGAUAUUGACACAUUGCUUACAUAUUUAAACAAGUUUCCGAUCUCUCUGAACAACUGGAGAAAUAGCACAUAAGUAUGUUUUCUGAAUGCAUGCUUUUUACGAUAUGUUAGUAAUCAAAGUUCAUCUAUAAAUCGAUCUCAUUAUAUGCAUAAGAAAAUUAAGAAAACUAUUUGUGCGACAUGUUCUUGGAAAGAAAUUAUGUAGAAAGAAUUAAACCUGCAGCAUAGAAGAGAUUAAGGAGGGAGCUGCUUUAGAGGCUUCAAAAAAUCGAUUUUUUGAGAAUUUUUUCGGAGGGAAAGAAAUAAUUUUUUAAAGUGAAAUUUCUAGGGCUUAUAGUUAUAUAUUUAAACAUCUCCCAAAAUUUUUUGGAUACAAAAUCUUUGAUAUUCUGGCUUUGGCAAGCAAAUGCCCGAUGCAUCUGGAAUGUGCAUUCGUCAGACGGCGGGCAGGAUGCAGGUCGCAAUUUCUAUUGGAAACAAAAAAUUCAAUGAUAUUCAUAUUUUUUUAUAAUUUAUCUUCUAGUUAAACUAAAAAAAGUGUAAAAUUCUAAAAUUUUUUACAAAUUUAAAAAAAGUAUUUUUUCAUCAAAAUAUGUUCAAACUUGACCUAGUUUUUUUUUAGUUUAAAUAGAAGAUAAUGUAAUGACAAAGAUAAUAAACUUUGCCCCAAUUCCAUACGACGUGAAAAUUAAAAACCGAGAAAUCGAAAAAAAGUUUUCGUUUUCUGCCCAAGCGCUUAUAUAUCUGCUAGACGCUCCUUCACUAUUUCCCUUCUACCGUCGACAAUAUUUCGAAUUCCAAUCUAUAACUUUGGGGAUAUAUUCUUAGAUAAUUUUUAAAUAGAUUUAAGCAAAAAAAAUCGAUUUUUUGAAGCUUCUAAAGCAGUCUCCCCCCUUAAGGUUAAGUUAAUGCGAGUACAGCAGAAUAUUAUGCUUGUAAUGGCACGUGAAACAUGAAAAGAGAUGUGUUCUCACUUUUUGCAUUUUACACCGAUGUAUACGGUACAUAUAGUCAACCGAUAUACCGAAAAUAAAGUUGGUAUAUGAAAGAUAGGAAAAGUCUGACAUAUUGUAUAAAUUCUUGGCAUCAAAAUACAUAUACUGCUUUUGUAAGGCAAGUCGUAUAUCCUAAUAUUCGGUAAAAAGUAGAUAGAAAAUUUAUGAACCCAUGUACAUACAUCGUUUUUACUUGAAAAUUGCCACUUGAUGCAAGUGACAAGUUUUAUUUGGAUACCUUUUACUCAUGACCGAUACUAUUUCAAAAUCGGUGAUUUUAUCAAUGGGAUUGAAAACCCGCUAAUUGCUGGGUUUAACGAUUACCGAAACUCCAAUAUAUUUAAAGAAUUAUCGUGGAAGCUAAUACUGACUGCACGACAGUGAACUGCAAAUGGCGUCGUGAAGACUGCUACAUGAACAUUUGUAAGAUGGCAGCGACUUAUCAUGUACACAAUUUCGUUGUAGCCAUAUUAAUAACUUUCACUUCAAUGAAAUUUUAACAUUUUGUUUAAAAUGAAAUUUUUUAUGCAAAAAAUUAUCAAUUGAUAUUACAAAUGAUAAAAUAGAGCUAUUUUAUGCUCGGUUAGAUUUUUCUACUGGGAGUACAGCUUUUAGUUUUUUUUCUAAAAUUGGCGGAAAUAGCUUGGCAAAUCGUAAAAAGAUGAGAGUAACACAACAUUUUGAUUGGCAACAAAUGUUUAUAUGUCUAAAUUCCGCAUAAUAUGAAAGAGCAUACAAAUCGUCUAUUUUGUUGUCAUACAUAAGUAUAAAUGUAUAUACUUAUGUUAUCAGCAAAGAUGGGAUGAUACAAACGUGUUCAAAGGUUAUGUUGGCAGCGAUGGAGAUCAGAGAAUUUUGAAUAAUAAUUAAAAUUAAUUAAAAUAAACCUGCUGAAAGCAACUGACAAAAUCAGUGCUAAACGAAAUUUCAAAGAACGACACAAUUGAUAUUGAAUUCCUGCAAGUUAUAAAUGCAAAAUAUAUGUAUUUCAAACUUUCCUCAUAAAAUCAUGACCAUCUUUGCUAUAGUUGAUAUGUACAUAUGUAUAUGCGCGUGAGGGGCACCGAGUACCUAAUAAUAAUAUCGUAUAGUAAAAUGUCCAAAAGUUGUUUUUAAAAUAUGAUGAUAAAUUAUGAUGUUUCUGACAGUGGUCUCGAAUUAGAGAGUUAAGGGUAGUUUCCAGCUCUCAAGAAAUGUAAAAACUUUAUAUAAAAAAGGCUUAUGAAAUGGUCAGGAAAAGUUCCUGCGGUAAAUUUCCUUGUGCUAGUAUGCAGGUCUAAAGAAAUCUAGUACUAAUUUUUAAUAAAUUUUUUCAAUAAAAUGCGAAUAUGGCAACGCACGCUGGUUUUGCGAAGAAACAUGAAAUCAACAAUUGUUUCUUAAAGGAAAUUCAAAGUAAUCGUUAAACUCAUCCUAUCAUCAUUAUUUUGAAGUAUAGUUCAUUUUGAAAUGUUAUAUAAAACUUACCAAUCAUCAACCACAUUCCUUAAAUCGCAACGAAAAUAUUUAUGUUACUACACACAUAGUACAUACAUAUUACACACAAAGUUUAUUUUCUUUGUUUAUUCUCUCUUGCUCGUCUAAUGUGGAUCAUUCACAAUGCGUAACCUGCAGUCUAAAUUAUUACUUGACUACAGCUCAAGAAAUACAGGGGUGUUGUUGAAUCUGAUAAUUGUCGGAAUCAGAAUUGAAACCGAUCAAAAAAAGUAGUAGGUGUCAUGAAUUCUGAUAUUAUUGGUUUGAUAUUCGAAACAGAAUUUGUAUCGGUUUCGGGUGUCACGGAAACCAAUUUUAUCGGUUUUGCUAUCAGAAACAAAGCAAGAAGAUAGUCGCUCACAGAUUUGAAAUAUAAGUUAAGAAAUCAAGUUAUUUUAUUAUUUCGAAUUAAUUUAUCUUUAUUUCUAUAGGGGAAAACAUAAGUAUAUAACACAAAAUGUCUUAAUUAUUGAGUUUUGGAACCCGAAAAUUUUUGGAUACGAAUUCUUUGAUAUUCUGCCAUAGGGAAGCAGUUUCCCUGAUGCAUCUCGCGUGUGCAUUUGUCGGACGGUGGGCAGUAUGCAGGUCGCAAUUUCUAUAGGAAACGAAAAAUUAAAAGAGAUUGAUAUUUGUUAAAAACUUAUGUUCAAGUUGACCAAAAAAAUGUUACUUUAUGUUGUUUAAACAUAUGUAUGUUCAAACUUAACUUUUCUUAGUUCUUUUUAGUUUAAAUAGAAGAUAAUUUUAUGCCAAUGAUAAUAAACUUUGCCCUAAUUCCAUACGACGUUUAGUUUUUUCUAUCCUGCCCGCCAAUUAAGAAAAAUCGUAAAAAUGAAAAACCGAGUCAAAGUUUUCGCUUUUUGCCCAAGCGCUCAUAUAUGUAUCUGCCAGACGCUCGGUCACUAUUUCUCUUCUAGCUUCGACAAUAUUUCGAAUUCCCGUCUAUAACUUUAGGGACAUUUUCUCAGAUAAUUUUUAAAGUGAUUUAAGCAAAAAAAAAAUCAAUUUAUUGAAGCUUCUAAAGCAGGCUCCUCCCUUAAAGAAGAUUUACAAAACGUAAUAUACGUAACUUAACACCCAAAUACGUCUUUAUUCAUUCGAUAAAUACUAUCUCUUAAAAUCUUUCUUUAAUUCGGAACUCAUUAAAAAUUUUAAUAGGAUUGCUUCCAAAUGUAUUCAUUUGCAAGUUUUGUCACAUUAGGAAUCAGCUGGUUCGAAUAUUGGUUUUGCAUAUGUUCGAAAAGACGAAAAUCCAAUCAGAUUCUGUGACACCAUUGAUAAUCAGAAUUGGUUUGCAAUUCUGACAGCUAAGCAAUUCUGUCUUGGAUUCCACAACACCCCUGAUAAAGAUUUUUUUUCUUGAGAGCUGGAAACGGACCUUUAUAAUCAAAAGAGUAAAGAAAUUAAAAUUUCCGAGUAUGUUGUAAAUAUUCAUUUGAAACCGAGCGCAAUUGUAGUAGAAAGAAUUACAAAAUAAACUUUUACGAACAAGGACACAAAGCGUGCAUCGGUGCAAGAAGCGGCACGGUCCAAUGGAUUUUUUUGUUGUUCUCUCUUGAUCACAUUUGAGCAAUGUUGAAAUUGCUCAAUUAGCUUGCACACACCUAGCUUUUUAUUGAUAAUUUUUCAUAGUAGGGCAAUUCAGAACCUGGUGCAAAUGUUCUUGCAUAUUUGCUGUACAUUUUGUUAGUGUUACAGAUUGUGAAUUGACCUAGUGUAAAAGAUCAAAAAAAAAAUGUAUUCGGUUUUUUUUAGUGAUACUAAAAAACCGUUACAUCGCCCUUACUAAAGCCCCUAUUAUGAUUUUGAACUCAAUUGCAUUUUAGUUGGUGCUUUAAAAUUUGGUAUUGCCGAUACCAACUAAAAAUCCGUAAAAAAAUAUCGCUUGAGAAAUUGUCGAAUGAGAACAACUUAAAGAAAAAAUGAAAAACGAGUAAAUAAAUUAGAUAAUAUAUAAUCUCAAACUAUUUUAUUUGCACAAAAUAGAAUAUAUAAAAUAAAAUGUUCCGUGAGAAAUAUUGCGAACAAACGACCUUCGGCAUUGAAAUAGAGAGUUCACAUAAUUAUAAUACAGAUAUACGGCCGUUCAUCGCAUACGUUUGUGGAAAUGUUCCUUUAUCUCAUUUAGUAAAAAAUAAUAUGCUUCCUUAUUUAACAAAAAUAACUACGUAUCAGUACCAAACAUUAUUUAAAAUUCAUUAAUUGUAAAUAAAAUUGUGACUUACUCGGUGUUAAGAAGUUCCGAUAGUUUUUAGUGAUCCAAAAAUGAGUUGAGUUGAAGUGAAGUGAAGUUGCAAAUCGUAAUCGGGGUAUAAUCAGGGUUGUUGUAGAGUCCAACAGUUGUCGGAAUCAAAAUUGAAAUCGAUAAAAACUGAAGUAGGCGUCACGAAUUCGAAUAUUAUUGAUUUGAUGUUCUAAACAGAAAUUGUACCGGUUUUGGAUGUCACGGAAACCAAUAUUAUCGGUUUUUAACACUCAAAUGCGUCUUAAUUCAGCCGAUAAUGUUAAAUAUAUCAGCAAAAUGAAAGUAAAAUUCGCAUGCCUUCUUCCACAAGUGAAUAACUGUGAUCUCUUAAAUGCUUUCUUUUAAUUUAUUCCUAUAAAAUUAAAAGUAAAAGAACGAAAUCCCCUCCCUGAAUAUUUUCUCUGGUGCAUUUUUGCAAAUCGGUCAAUUUCUGAUAAUAUAUGAAACUACAAGGUGCGUUCAAAAAAAAAAGAAAAAAUUGUUUUUUUCGGCAAAAUCAAUUUAUUGUAUUCAAAAUAGUCUCCUUCAGCUCCAAUACAGCUUUUUGCUCAGUCCAAAAGCAUGUCGAACGAGUGUUUUAGCUCGUUGGCCGGUAUGGCCGCCAGUAUGCCGGUGCAACCCUUUUUAAUUGCCUCUACGUCUGCAUAACGCUUUCCUUUCAUGAGCAUAUGCAUUUUUCCGAAAAGGAACAAGUCUCACGGUGCCAUAUCGGGUCCCCGUAUUCACCUGAUUGUGGUUAAUGGUUAAAAUGUGUUUUUUGUCAAAUAAUUGGUCACAAGCGUCGAUCGAUGAGAGCAAUUUUUGGUCGUCAGUCAAUUUGUGCGGAACAAACCGUGCACACACCUUUCGUAAGCCUAAAUGUUGGGUCGAAAUGCGAUAAAUCGAUGUUUUGGAGAUGUUCAAUUCCAUUUCAUUGAUGAUUUCGAUGGAAUUGUCGGUGAACACGGAUUUUUAUUGGUCCACAUGUUGAUCGUCAUUUAUGUCAUCACGACCACUUUGAAAACGUUAAAACCACUCGUGCACUCUGCUACGGGAUAGGCAAUCAUCAUCAUAAACUUGUUUCAUCAAUUGAAACGUUUCGGUAAAAAUUUAAUGUUGGCUCUUUGUUCGAAGCUUAUUUUUGCACCGAUAACACAAACAUACUGACACUUAAAACGCAACAACUUCACUUCCAAUCGAUGAAAUGUCAUAAAGUUCUCACUGGACAAUCGAUAAAGAUAGCAGAUUCUAACGUACCAGUCGACAUAUAGAUGGCGCCACCAGGGGGCGCUAGAUUCAAAAAGUCCUUUUACUUUGGAAAGCACCUUGUAUCUAAAAGUUAGUGGUGCCAACGUAGUAUGUAGAAAUAUGUGGUUUUAGACUUACAAUCAGAGUUUUUGUUAAAUAUAUGAAAAGAAAUAAAACAUUUCAAUAUUAAUUUAAUUUUUUCUUUACGAAAAUAUUUUUCUCGAAGGAAAUAACCAAACCAUACACAUAUACCGCCUUAAAGCCUUCACCUUUAUGAAAACUGUACGAUUCCUAUCUUUCUAGCGUACUCAAAUCUUAUUUUUAAUGCAGAAAUAAUAAAAAUAGCGUUCUCUAACUAAAAUCUUAAAUCGAGGGUGUUCUCUAUUCGUAUUCCUUGUAGUCUCUCCAUUUUAUGCUAAUUUGAAUUUGGAAUAUUACAUAUUUUUUUUAAUAUUUAUUUUAUCUAACCAAUCACCAACCGUACUUUACAGUAGUUCUCUAAUGUUGUUUUUCACAGGGAUGAACAAAAAUUGUAACUCCGAAGCCACAAGACAACAUUAAUAACAAGUAAGGAAGGGCUAAGUUCGGGUGUCACCGAACAUUUUAUACUCUCGCAUGAUAAAGUGAUAAUCAAGAUUUAAUUAUCCGUCAUUUACAUAUUUUUCAAAUACCGUAUUUGUGUAAAGUUUUAUUCCGCUAUCACCAUUGGUUCCUAAUGUACAUAUAUAUUAUGCAGAGAAGGCAUCAGAUGGAAUUCAAAAUAGCGUUAUAUUGGAAGAAGGCGUGGUUGUGAACCGAUUUCACCCAUAUUUCGUACAUGUCAUCAGGGUGUUAAGAAAAUAUUAUACACCAAAUUUCAUUGAAAUCGGUUAAGUAGUUCCUGAGAUAUGGUUUUUGGUCCAUAAGUGGGCGACGCCACGCCCAUUUUCAAUUUUAAAAAAGACGGACGGACGGACGGACAGACAGACAUCCGGAUUUCAACUCUACUUGUCACCCUGAUCACUUUGGUAUAUAUAACCCUAUAUCCGACUCUUUUAGUUUUAGGACUUACAAACAACCGUUAUGUGAACAAAACUAUAAUACUCUCCUUAGCAACUUUGUUGCGAGAGUAUAAAAACUACUAUCCGUAUAACGUACUGUAAGCAUCAAAUAUAAGUUAACAGCAAUUCUACUAAUAUUAAAGUGUUUAUUUCAACGCAGCCUUUAAUACAACAGUAAAAAGUUUUAUUAUAGAAGGCUUAUAUUAUAAAAGUUUAACUUAGUAUAAAUAGUAAACAAAAAACUUGAAACUACUUUAGUUUUUUCUCGUCAAAAAAAGUAAACAGAGUCCAGUAAAGUUAAAAUUUAUGUACAUAAACGAAGUCAAUAUUCAUUCUAGUAUUUUGUUUGCUUUCCUUGAGACUUCAGAAGCUCAAUUAAUCUUCUAGGGAUGCAUUCUGCAAAAUUUUUUGAAAAUUCUGGACAGGUUUUGCUCCAUUCUCCAAUUUUUAGGUCAUCCAUUCUGGAAAUGUUCCUCUGCUUGAUUUUUCGGUUAUGGUGCUACCACAUAUGCUCGUUAGGAUUAUUACAGCCACUCACUAACAAUUUUGAACUUGUGGUUAGGAUCGUUGUCCUGUUAAAAGAUCCAAUUUCUUGAUAGUCGUAAAUUUUCAAUAUUUGGAGCAACGUUAUUUUUCAAAAUGUUUAAAUAAUCCAUUUUUUUCAUCGUGGACUCAAUAAAAACCAAAUUCUCUACAUCCGAUGCUGCCAUACAGCUAGGAUAACAACCGUUCCUCCACUGUGCUUUGCGGUGUUGGUAACAUACUUAUCAUUAAAGGCUUUAUUUUUGGCUCGCCAAACUUUCAACAAUCUGAUAUUUACCAUGUUUAUCAAUAACUUUUUUUUUAUGCAACGGUUUCUUUCAACAAUUUCUUAGAUUUCGCCCAAAGAUUUAUCUUUUUUAUGCAGAUUUAAUAUGAUUUUUCGCAUUUCAGUGGUUGUUUGCUUACCUAUUACAAAAUUUGUUAUCCUAGCAACUUAAACUCAGAAAAAAAUAGUGCUAUGAAAAAAUUUACCACACUCACUCGCUUGACUAGUAACGGUUUCCAAAAAAUAUUUGAUGCUUCGCCAAAAUAUGUAUUAAAAACAAACAACGGUUGUCGCCACUUUUUUCUUUUUUUACGCGAAGAAAAUAUAGUAUUUUCAGUGAAUUAUUUUUAGAUGUGUUUAGUUUUUGUAUAUUAUUUACACAAGGUGCUUUCCAAAGUAAACAGGACUUAAAAAAAAAUCAGAACAAAUAGUUUUUUUGGCAAAAUGCAUUUAUUUUAUUCCAAUUCUCCUUCUGCUUCAAUACAGCUUUUUGCUCGGUCCAAAAGCAUGCCGAAUGAGUGUUUUAGCUCGUUGGCCGGUAUGGCCGCCAGUAUGCCGGUGCAACCCUUUUGAAUUGCCUCUACGUCUGCAUAACGCUUUCCUUUCAUGAGGAAAUGCAUUUUUCCGAAAAGGAACAAGUCUCACAGUGCCAUAUCAGGUGAAUACGGGGAGUGGCUAAUGAUUAAAAUGUGAUUUUUGUCAAAUAAUCGGUCACAAGCCUCGAUCGAUGAGAGCAAUUUUUGGUCGUCAGUCAAUUUGUGCGGAACAAACCGUGCACACACCUUUCGUAAGCCCAAAUGUUGCUAUAAAUCGAUGUUUUGGAGAUGUUCAAUUCCAUUUCAAUGAUGAUUUCGGCUGAUUUUUGAUGAAUUCGCGCACAGUUUCGAUGGAAUUAUCGGUGAUCACGGAUUUUGGUUGGCCCACAUGUUGAUCGUCAUUUAUGUCCUCACGAUCACUUUGAAAACGUUGAAACCACUCGUGCACUCUGCUACGGGAUAGGGAAUCCUGGCCAUUAACUUGUUUCAUCAAUUGAAACGUUUCGGUAAAAGUUUUACCAAUUUUAAAACAAAAUUUAAUGUUGACUCUUUGUUCGAAGCUCAUUUUCACACCGAUAACACAAACAUACUGACACUUAAAACGCAAUAACUUCACUUCCAAUCGAUGAAAUGUCAUGAAAUUUUCACUAGGAAAUCGAUACAGAUAGCAGAUUCUAACAUAACAGUUGACAUAUAGAUGGCGCUAGAUUCAAAAAGUCCGGUUUACUUUGGAACGCACCUUGUACUAUGGUAAACUUUUACAAUUUGGGCCUUGAAUUCUAUAGCAAAACUUUUAUUGUUGUAUUAAAGACUGUGUUGUAACAAACAAUUUAUUAUAGAUAGAUUUGAUGUUUACUUAUUUUUGACGUUCACAGUAAGGUCUAACGAUGUAGCGCACUUGAUUCCGUUUGGUUCCUAACAAAAUCAAGUGGUUCCUUUUGACUCGCAUCUUACUUAAAACAAAAAUAGUAUUUUUAAGAACAAUUCGCAAAAUAACCACAGCAAGUAAGUUGACUUGUGCUGGCGCCGUCAGUUUUGCGGUUUCUCACUCGAAACUAACGAGAUAAUCGUCAUUCAUUUACUGCUUGUUGAUAUUAGGCGUGUUUUAUUUGACCAGCAAAUUAAGCUAUUAACUUAUUGUGUAUAGAAAACUUAGCCAACAUAAUUAUGAUGGCUUGCCAUAAGAUAUUAUAGCUUGCAUAUUGAACUAGAGGCGUUGCCAGUUCAUCGCUUUUUUGCAUUCACAAUAGCUAUGAUUUUUCCAAUUAAAAAGUAGUGGGCAAUAACGAUAACGUUCAUUUUGACAGAUGAAAAUGUAAACAAACCAAAAUUACGAAAUAUUGUGUUUUGUUUAAGUUAAAAUAAAUACAAAUAUGAACAUUUGUUAUAAUUUUUUUGUAUUAAUAUCAUCAAAUCAACAAAAUAAAUAUAUUUGUAUUGUAAUUUAAUAUCCCGUUUACAAAUUUAAAAAAUCAAACUAACCUUUUUUUUGAAACAUUUUGAAACAAAUUGAAUAUCAGCUGACUGUUUUCGCCCGCAUUGCCAACAAACUUCGAUUUUAAGCGAAAAUAUGAAAUAAGCUAAGAGCGUUGAUUUAGCUAUUAGCUUGGGAUGGUCAAAUAAAACACGCCUAUUGGUUCGCCUUCACUUAAGGGUUGUAAAAAGUUGGUUUUAAAGUUAAAAAAAAACUACUUUUGCGAAUUUAUUUCUUAAAUAUGUAUGUAUAUGUAUUGAGUAAUUUUAUUCGGACCUUUUGUACAUUAUUGAGCACACUUUUGACGAUAUAGGGAAGUUUUUUUCGUCACUAUUUUAGUUUAUACAUUUUAGACUCAUUUUUCUCAAACUACUUUUUAAAGCCCAUGUUCACUGUCAUUUCAAAACUGCUUAACUGAUUCAUUUCAAACUUUGAAAAUACCUCCCCCCAUCGUUUAGUUUUGUUUACAUUAAGGGUGUUUUCCACCCAUAAAAUGGCGCAACUUUUUAGUGGAAAAAGCAGUUUUCACUUUAAAUGGCCGCCAAAAAUUUUUAAAUGAAAAAAAAAAAAUUGUCAGAACGAUGGGGGAAGAUUUGAUUAUAAUUUGACUAAUUUUUCUUGGUUUUUUAUUUUCGGAUAAUUCCUAGCCGAGUAAUGGUGAACACCGCAAAGUACUUUUUUUUGUUACCGGCUUAUGCCUCAAAAUUUCGGCAUGAAAAAUGACCAUAUAUUGCCAAAAGUGUGGUCAUCAAUGUACGAAAGGUCCGAAUUAAAUUACUCAAACCAUAUAUUAGAAAUAAAUUCGCAAAACAAGUUUUUUUUUACCUUAAAAACCGAACACUACCGCAAACGAUGAAAAUUUCGUUUGCUUAUUCAAAGUAUACGAUUCCCACGACAGCCGGUUCUACGCACCGGAAUUGACUCGGAUUUUAUCCGACCAAGGGCUGUUUUUUCGGCGAUCUAACCAAAAAAAAAAACAAAAAAAAAUGAAAA